UGUACUGCCCAGGCCAGUACUGGAAUGUUUUCUUUGACAGCUCUUCAGAAAAAGUUUUCCACAGAGAAACAAGAGAACUCAAUGCUCCAUCUCCAAUAGACUGCAAGCUGAGCAGCUGGAGUGCAUGGGGGCCCUGCGACCCAUGCACCUUUCAAAGGUUUCGCUCUAGAAGUGUUGAAAGAUUCGGUCAGUUUGGUGGAAGACCAUGCCUGGAGACGUUAGGGGAGACACAAAGCUGUCAAACCAGUCAAGUCUGUCCUGAAGAACCACAACCAGACUGUGGUACCGACUUUCAGUGUGCUUCUGGUCGAUGUAUAAAGCAACGACUCGUGUGUAAUGUAGAUAAUGACUGUGGAGACUUCUCUGAUGAAGAUAACUGUGAAUCUGACCCACGAUCACCAUGCCGUCACCAUGAUAUUGAUGUGUCCGAAGUUGGCAGGACUGCAGGACAAGGAAUCAACGUUUUGGGGAUGCAGCCAAUGGCCAGCCCAUUUGACAACGAGUUUUUCAAUGGUCUUUGUGAAAGAGUGCGUGAUGGAAACACACGAACAUACUACCGCAAGCCAUGGAAUGUGGGUGUUCUCAUUUACGAUACAAAAGCAGACAAAACAUUUGCAUCUGUGUUCUACCAUGACCGUGUGAAAAUGUUACGAGAGGUGUACAUGGAAAAACAUAAACACUUCAGUGGUGACCUGUCUCUGAAAUACACACCUAGUAAGGGAAUUGGCAAAACUGGUGCAGAAGGAAAAUUCAAGUAUCGCUACAGCAAGAAUUCAACCUUAAGUUCUAUCCUGACACGCUUCACAGAACGGAACCAAACCUAUCUGCAUGUAAAAGGAAAUAUUCAGCUGGGAAGAUUCCAAAUGCGGAGCCGUGAUGUCCGUCUCACAGACAGUUUCCUUGAAGAUCUAAACUUUCUGCCUGCUGAAUAUGAUAAGGGGGAAUAUUUCAAAUUCCUAGAAGACUAUGGUACUCACUACGCAGUCUCUGGAACUGUGGGAGGAAAAUAUGAACUUGUGUAUGUGCUAGAUGAUUACGCUAUGUCCCAAGUAGGUAUCACUGUAGAAGAUGUGAAAAGAUGCCUCGGGUAUCACUUAGAUGCCAAUAUUGCAUAUAAAGACUUAGAAGCUGACGUUAAUAUUGAUGGUGGUAAAUGUGAAAAGAUUUAUACAAAGGAAAACUCAGAACUUGAGGAUGAUGCUAUCAUUGAUGAUGUACUUUCCUUAGUUGAUGGAGGGACGAUUGACUUUUCAGUUAAAAUAAAAGAAACAUUAUUGCGAGGAUUAAAAAUGGUGAAUGUAAAAGAUUACAUAGAGUGGGCUAAGUCUUUGAUUGAUGCUCCAGUAGUGAUACAGCAACGG